CGCCUAGUCUUCACUCACUCUCGAUCAAGUCAUCAGUGUCCUUCCAGAUCCCACCGCGCGUCUCUGCGGGCGACACGCGCACACGCCACAGCUCGUCGCGAUCGUCAACGGUCGAGCCAUCGCCCAUGGGAGGGAGGCACGAGGCGGAGGCGGACGGCGGAAAGGCCGGGGGCUACUCCUCCUCCGGCCUCCCGCCGUCGGAGGCGCCGCACCUGCAGGGCCAGCCGUCGCAGGAGUACGGGUACGGCACGUUCCAGGGCCCUCGGCAACCUCCCGUCGGGUUCCCGCAGCCUGCUCCGCCUCCCGGGUUCGGCGGCGGCGGCUAUCACAACCAGCAGAAGCCGUACGCGCCCGCGGAGCCCUACUACGCUCAGGGGUACCAGGCCGUGCCAGGCUAUGGUCCUGUUGCUGAAGGAAGACCUGUGAGAAUGAGGCGUCUCCCAUGUUGUGGCCUCGGCUUAGGCUGGUGUCUGUUCAUUACUGGGUUUUUCCUUGCUGCCAUUCCAUGGUACAUUGGAGCUUUUAUUCUGAUAUGUGUGCGGGUACAUGACCAACGAGAGAAACCAGGAUACGUUGCUUGCACAAUUGCUGCUGUUGUUGCUGCCGUUGCCAUCCUCCUGGGGGUAACUAAAGGAACUCAUGUGUGGUGAAUUGCCUCCAGAGAAGGCAAUGGAUGUAUACUUGCGCUGUAUAUCUGUGUGUAUUAAAAGUGUGGAGCAACAUCAUGUGCUCUCCUAUGUCCAUAUCUAUUCUACUUUGUAAUGAAAUUUUAAACGUACCAUCUACUUCUUGUAAGCAGCACUGCAUCAUACAAUAAGAUACCUUGUGUAAAUUGUGGAUUUUCUGGACAAUAUAUAAUAGUAUAUAUCAAUCAGGGUCAAGAAUCCCCAGACUUCUCUC